AUGUCUACUACCGACAUGGACACCCAGUACAAUACUCAAUGGGUUUCAUUCCACAUCCGGGAUCGCCUGGAGGAUGGCCAGGUCACUGUGCACCACACUGUCAUUGAAGACGGCGAGUUCUAUAGUCCCGAAAACCGUCGUAGGUCUCUCUCCGAAGAGGAGAUCGACGAGAUCGUGAUCCCCUCGGAUGGCAUCGGCGAGAUCAGUGCUGGUGGCCGCCGUGGUAGUGAGGGCCGCCUGGAUCUUUUUCAUGAUGAUGCUAAGAUUUGUGAGCUUCAUUGGGAGAAUCGUGGAGGGAAUCAUGUCAACUUGGUUGAGGUGUUGGACAAUUGUGACAAGUAUAGAGUCGAGUGCGGGGGAUGGAGUCCCGAGGCGGGGCCCUUGGGACAUGUAUUUGUGGAUAUUACGACCAAGAAGAAGUAG